AUGGAAAUAUCAACAUUUAGUCAGUCAUCUGACUUUGCAACAGAAAUGAAUCUAAAGUUAACACAUAACAUUCUUCGUGUUAAAGAUCCGAGUGGAAUGAUUCAAUUUUAUGUAAACAAAUUUGGAAUGGAAAGUAUUCAGAUUUCUACUCCAUCAUUGCCAUAUAAUAUCAGUGUUCUGGGAUAUACAACAAAUUAUGAUGAAAAUUUUGCCAAAGCUUCUAAUACACUACCUUCACCUACAUUACUUGAAUUUCAUCAUAAUGAUCCAUCAAUCAUUAGUCCAUCACUUACUAAUAGUGGAACUUCAGAAGUUUAUUGGAAAAUUGGCAUAACAUUAUAUGAUGUUGAUUAUGCACGAGAAAUUUUACAAUCAAAACAAGUGAAUAUAACUGAUGCAUCACAGUUUGAAGAUAUCGGAUAUGUAUGUCACUUACGAGAUCCAAAUGGUUUUUGUCUUGAAUUAUUACAACAUGACUUUGAGAAAACAUUUCAAGAGAAAAUAAAUAAAAGUAGUAAACAAACACCAGUAGAUAACUUUCCAUUGGGAUAUCCAGUCUGUAUCGGUCAAAUAACAUUACAUACAAAUGAUAUAGAAAAAACUCAACGAUUCUAUUGUAAUAUAUUGGGUAUGAAAUUACUUUCGAUACAAGAAGUACCAAAGUACAGUUUCACUUUGUAUUUUUUUGCCUGGACGAAUGAAAAUCCACCACAAUCAGAUAUAAAAGACGCUACUAUUAACCGUGAAUGGUUGUGGAAACGUCCUUAUACACAAAUUGAAGUAAGAUAUUUUAAUAAUCAAAAACAAAUACCAUCUUUCAAAGAUUUACAAGACAAUGAAAUUGGUUUUCAAGGGAUUAGAGUUAUGUGUAAUGACUUGAACGGAUUUAUAUCGAAAAUGAAAGCUGGCAACGUAAGUUUUGUGGAAUCAAAUGGAACAUUUGGUAAAGAAAUUAUUAUUCGUAAUCCAGAUAACAUACCAAUCUAUAUUUCACAAAACAAAAGCGAACAAUAA